UUCAAGACGACGGCGGAGAGGGAUGUCAAACCAUGGCUACAGUGAGCUCUGUAAGACAGAACCCAACAGCUGCUGAAAUGCUGUUGGACGGUUAUCCAUUGGAGCUUUUGGAUGGAGACGCUUCAAACAUCCCAGAGAAGUGGGUGACAGCCGUGCUAAUGGAGCUUCACAAGAAGGUUGGUGAGAAGAGCAGGCUGAUAGUACUAACCGUGUUGGGUGUUCAAAGUACUGGAAAAUCAACUCUUCUCAACACCAUGUUUGGUGUUCAUUUUCCGGUCAGCAGCGGCAGAUGUACAAGAGGGGCCUAUAUGCUUUUCCUCAAAGUUGGAGACGAUACACAAAUUGAGUUGGGUUGUGACUUCAUCCUCCUCAUUGAUACUGAAGGUCUGAAAUCCCCUGACCUUGCACAACUGGAAGAUAGUUAUGAGCAUGACAACCAACUGGCAACCUUUGUCAUAGGCUUAAGUGAUGUGACCAUUAUCAACAUUGCAAUGGAGAAUGCAACUGAAAUGAAAGAUGUCCUGCAAAUUGCUGUCUAUGCCUUCAUUAGAAUGAAACGAAUUGGAAAAAAUACAAUUUGUCAUUUCGUGCACCAAAAUGUUGCUGGAGUUUCAGCUCAUGCCAAAAACUUGACAGAGAGACAACAUCUAUUGGACCAACUAAAUGAAAUGACCCAAAUUGCAGCUGAAAUGGAGAGACAGCCUUCGAUUCAAGCAUUCACAGAUGUGCUCAACUAUGACUUGGAAAACAACAGCUGGAACAUCCCAGGACUUUGGCAUGGAACGCCUCCAAUGGCACCAGUAAACACUGGUUACAGUGAGGCUGUAGCAGAGUUCAAGAAAAAUCUUCUGGAGUCAGUAGGAAAAGGAAGGAGUAAUGAUGUCUCAAAGAUCCCAGAGUUUCUAGAAUGGAUGCGUAGUCUGUGGAAAUCGGUGAAAUAUGGGAACUUUAUCUUUAGUUUCAGAAACACACUUGUGGCCCAUGCUUAUGACAACCUGUGCAAAGAGUUUGCCCAGUGGGAAUGGGAGAUGCGAAAAGCACUCCUCUCCUGGCAGACAGCAGCAGAGUCAGAAAUCUUAAAUGCUAACAAUGAGGCUGGAUGGGAAACAUGGGAUACAUUAGUCAAGUUAAAGAAAUCGGAACUAUCCGUAAAAAUUCAAUUCCAAAAAAAUAAAUUCAAUGAGAAACUUUUUGACUAUUACAGAAAGAAAGACAGACGUGUACAUUUGAUAGAGAAAUACAAAACUGACUUUUUCAAUAGUAUCACAUGUGUCUCAAAUGAUAUUCAACAUUCAGUGAAUACUAAAUUGGACAAAGUCUUUGAGCUAAAAAUUGUUUUGAAAAAGGCACAGGAUAUACAACAGGAGUGCCACGUUGUGAUUGAAGAGAGAGUCAUGGAACUUCUGCAUGACUUCAAAGACUUGAGACUGUCUGAUGACCAACUGAGAGAGGAGUUUGACAAAAUGUGGGCUACAGCUACUGCCAAUGUAUCUACACUCAAAGAGCAAGAUAUACCUGCAUUCAUUCUUACCCAACUGAAGAAAAAUGUCUCACAUCAGAACGUGAACGAGAACUUACAACAUAUUGAAAACCUAAAGGAUUUUGGAAUGGAGCCAUUUAAGACCAGAGGUGACCAUGUCAACACCUUUAUGGCGAAAGUUCAAAAUUUGUGCAAAGGAGAUUUACAGAUAUUUGCAGACAAUGUCAUCGAGACAGCCACCCAGUUUAUUCUUGAUAAAACUAAGUCAAAUGGUGAUUACCAUGAUUCGCUCUCAAGAGAUCUUCUGCAGAGGGUUGAUGAAUUGGUUAAUCAAGGUUACAGAUGUCACCAAACCAACACUCAGUUUGAGAUUGACAUCAAACUCCAUAUUUGUGGCAUUGCUGCAAGAAAAUUCCUCGAGCUGCACCAAAGAUUCUUGUCAAAUAAUGAUCCCCGAACACAGUUGGAAAAGUGCAGGCACCAAUACUUGUCAAACUUUCUGGAUUUAUACAACAAUACCGAUCAUUGCCAACGCAAAGCAAAUGAUUUUGUCCAGCUUUGUAUCCAACCGGCUGUUGAGGAUUGCAUCAACAGAUCUUUGGGAAUUGAAAUUGUUGAUGAAAUUUUGACAAGCAGUCGUUCAAUGAUGUACAGUUCACGCUCUUGUUUCCAAUACAACCUUCAGAAAGAAUUACUGCUGAAAGAUGAUUUCAAGAGUUUUCUCAAGUACAUUUGUCACUAUGAAACAUACGUUAAGGAUCAGAUACUUCUUCACAUCUGUCAACAAAUGGAAAAGGACAAGACAUUGUACAAAUUAAAGAAGAAGAAUCUGGAGGUUGUAGUAUGUAAAUUAAUAAAUGCAAUAAAGCAGGCCUCAACUUUUACAUCAGAAGACGAUGCGAACAUUCCAAAUCUAGUCAACGAAAUGCGUAAAUAUCUAAUUAAAGACAUCGUAAUCGCAGAGGAGGCACAAAAACGCAGUCUGUUUCAGAUCCAAAGCACAUGCCAUUCAUUUACACAAAGCUUCAUUGCAUCUUUGAAUACAUUAAAGGACACAUUCCUUGUUGAAUUCGCCAACACUGAAGACAUAACUGAAAGUCUAAAAAAACUUGCAGUAAAACCACAGAAUGAGCUAUUCGAGAGAAUAAUUGGAUGUGGACAGCAGUGUCCAUUUUGUAAAGUUCCUUGUGAAGCAGGUGGCAAAGAACACAAGAAACAUCAUGCGGCUGUGCAUCGACCACAGGGGCUUGGAAGAUACAGACGUUAUUCAACUGAAGUCCUGGUUGAAUCUCUGUGUACAACUGAUGUGCAGAGUCAUUGUACAUUUAUAAUGUAUGGGGAAACUACGGAGUGGGUUAAUUACAGAGACUAUAAUACCAUCUAUCCUGACUGGCACAUACCCCGAGACCCCACAAUGGAAGCGUCUGAUUACUGGAAGUAUGUACUGGUACGCUACAAUAAUCAAUUUGCUAGGGUGUAUCAGGCCAUGCCAGCAAAAGUUCCAGAGGCCUGGAAAAGAAUCACAAAGCAGCAAGCACUGAAGGGUUUGAAGGAUUCUUUCAGCAUAAAAUAAAGUAAUGCAGUCUGUAAAAGUGUGAGGUAAAAAGGAUAUGCAGUGUACACGGGUAGUGCAGUUGCUGGCCUAAAUGGCGCCCUGUGUGAAGUCGCCCCUCGGCACCUAGAUAGCGCACCCUCAAUCUAAUCGUCAACACGGAGGGUGCUGACAGAAAUUUUACCACGUUUUAGUCCUGUCCCAUAAUCUGAUGAUCACUUUCAGCAAUAACUUUCACCUUCAAAUAUGAUCAUCGAUGGCUGGGGGGGUGUGAUGGGGGUUUGGAGUGCUGAUGUAAAUGUUGAAAUUUGUUAUAUUAUAUGACAUUUUCAAACAGAGUGUUGCCUUGUGAGGUUGCACACUUCGCACAUGCCAAUUUCCGCCACUGUACCCGGGUGAGGAUUACAGAAAGAUGCAACAGAAGAAAAGAGAAAUUUGCCGCACUGUCAAGAAUGGAAUUUGCACUUAUCAUGAAAUGUUUUAGAAACUGUGAACAUAAUGCAUCAUUAUGCCAAGGUAGUCAAUCAUUGAGGAUGUGUUUUUUGUGUUUUUGUUGUUGUUGUUUGAUACACCCGAUAACACUAUGAAUGGAUCAAAUGAGAAUGUUUUUAAUACAAUAAAAUGUAUUAAAUCAA